CCAGAAUUGCUUUCACAUUCAUUUCCGUGUCCUGUACGGGAGAGAUCAGACGCUCCCAGCUUUUCUUCUGUUCCAAGUUGUAGCAAAAGUUCUAUUGUUUCCCUAGAAUGGCGACUUCUAGUCUGAGAGAGGAGCUGAGCUGCUCCAUCUGCCUGAGCCUUUAUAAGGAGCCCGUAUCACUGAAAUGUGGACACAACUUCUGCCGGGAUUGUAUAGUGACUGUGCUGGAUACACAGGAGAGGAAAUCUACCAGUUAUUCCUGUCCAGAGUGCAGAGAGCAGUAUACAGAGCGCCCUCCGCUGGAGAAGAACAGGAAGUUGUGUAACAUUGUGGAUAAUAUAAGAUCUUCUCACCCGGAGGUCUUCUGUACGUAUUGUAAUCCUCCUGUACCAGCUACUAAAACAUGUCUACAUUGUGAGGCCUCAUUUUGUGAUAUGCACUUAAACAAUCACAGCAAGUCAGUGCAUCACGUUUUAACUGAUCCCACCACAUCAUUUGAUGGCAGAAAAUGCUCAAUACACCAAGAAAUCCUGAAAUAUUACUGCACAGAGGACAGCGCCUGUAUCUGUAUGUCCUGCUGGGUGGCUGGAGAACAUCGAGGACACCAGGUGGACCUUCUGAAUGAGGCCUCUGAGAAGAAGAAAGAGAAAUUGAAAGAUGUUAUUGAGAAACUGAACACUGAGAAACAAGAAACCGAAAAGAGAAUCCAGAAUCUGGGAAAUCACAGGACGGGAGAGAAAGGAAAAGCAGCCGAUGUCACCAAGAGAGUCACUGAGCUGUUUAGAGACAUCAGGAGACAUCUGGAUGAUGUAGAGAAGAGAGUCCUGAUUGAGGUCUCCAGACAGAAGGAGGAGAUUUCUCAGUCAGUCUGUGGUCUGUUCCAGAAGUUGGAGACAAUGAAGAAUGAGUUGUCCAGAAAAAUUAAUGAAGUUGAGGACUUGCGUAAGAUUUCAGAUCCAUUAACUGUGCUCAAAAAAGAAGUGAUCAGUGAUGACAUCAUUCCUAGGAGUGGUGAUGUAAGAGAUGCCGGAUGUCUGGAUGAAGGAAUGAUCUCACAGAUGCUCCACAGAGGACUUCUCCACUUUACCGACAGUCUGAUGGAUCUGAAGACAAAGAGGCAAUUCACAAUAAUGGAGACCUCAGACAUCCUACUGGAUAAAAAAACAGCCAGCAAUCGCACUUUUAUAUCGAAAAAUCUCAAAUCAGCUGCUGGUAGCAAUAAACCAGAAAACAAACCGGAUGAUCCCGAGAGGUUUACAGUUCGACAGGUAUUGAGUACAGAAAGCUUCUCAUUGGGUAGACACUACUGGGAGGUGGAUGUGAGCGGAGCAACAGAAUGGCUGGUUGGAGUGGCCACUCAGAGCAUAGAGAGGAAGACGGAGGGAGUUGAAUCUUUCAUAGGUUACAAUGAUAAAUCAUGGGGUCUGACCCAAAGAACUGGUCUCCAAGCCCGGCACAAAGACUCUGUUAAAAAAUUGGACUCCAACUCUUCUUUAAAGACAGUUGGGAUCUAUCUGGAUUAUGAUGAGGGACGUCUUUCCUUCUACCAGCUGUGUGACCCCAUCAGACACCUCCACACCUUCACCACCACCUUCACCGAACCCCUCUAUGCUGCUUUCUUUGUGUUUGAAAAUUCCAUCAUUAGAAUAAUGUAAUAAGAAUGUAUAACGCCGCGUACACACGGUCGGACUUUCCAACG